AUGAGAGUUCUCUUUGACAACAUGAAUGGCGCGACAUGCUCCGAGGGUGUUAGUGACGCGGGCGCCUACCAGGACGCUGAAGCCAAUGAAUUGCUCAGGCUCUGGUACGUCGGCUUCAUAACCUCAUUUCUCGUCACAGCCUGCCAUCGGUUUUAUCAGCCCGGAUUGUUGUACUUCAUUGCCUACUCCGCAAACACCCUCGCGCACUGGCAAGGUAGCACAGCCAUCGCAGCCUCUGUAGCCGGAACGGAUAAUGGCACUUCUGUAGGCGAUAUGCAUACGGUUAUAUUCCUCAUCAUUGAUACUUGUGUCAUGUUUGGCAAAAUUGUACCCCUAUUGCCUCUAUUCGGCUCGGCGUCUACUGCAUCCCACAAGCUUCGAGCCGAUAUCGAUUCGCAAUCCAAUAUCGACUCCGUGGCCAAAGACCACGAUAUCCGUACCCUGAACGUGAAAAACGUUCGCGGUUACGCCACCCUCGUCCGGCAGAAGCCAUCCCUUCUCGCCCGUCCCAAACAUGGACUCAAACAGGCUGUCGGCGACGGCGACAAGUUCGUCAGCGGCGGGCAGAAGCAGCGCGUUACUCUGUGGCGAGCUCUCAUCCGUAACCCCAAGAUUCUUAUCCUUGACGAGGUCAUUGCCUCAGCAGACAGCAUCAUUCCCAUGAACGCCGUGGACUUCAUCAAGGAAGGAACUCAUGCUGACCUGAUCGUACGUAACGGAACUAACGCCAAUCUGGUGAACUUGCGAGACAUCCACGUCGUCAAAGAGGGUGAGCUACCCUCUCGCACCAGCACCGCCGCCGAGUCCUCAGCCCCCUCAAUCAGCAUCGAGAAGCAUGGUGGUGACCCAGUGGAUCUCGCCCAGGCCACCAAGGCGGACAGAUGA